UUGGAGACAUGCUUUUUUUUGCCUUUUAUUUUUUUUAUAAAAAAAAAAUCAUGUUUAAACCUUUUCUCGCGCGACCGUUCUCUAUCACCAGCCUACAUAGAUACUCAAGACAAAUUAUGAGCCAACAAAAAUCGUCAUUCUCUGCUGCAUGUUGUAUAAUUGGAGAUGAAAUCUUGAAUGGCAAGACAAGAGAUUCCAAUGCUCACUUUCUUGCAAAAUAUCUGUUUCGGUUGGGUAUUGAUCUAAAACGUAUCGAAACUAUUCCUGACGAAUAUGACGCUAUUGAAGAGACCAUCAAACGACUUUCCAGCCAUCAUGACUUUGUAUUUACAAGCGGAGGCAUUGGACCUACACAUGAUGAUAUCACUUACUCAGCCCUUGCCAAAGCCUUCCAAUUACCACUUCAGUUGGAUAAAGAAACUUGUCUUCGUAUGGAAAGGUCUGCUGCCAUGACCUAUAACAAAAAGCCGGACCAACCCCAAUGGACAUUAACAGAAGCUAGGAAAAGAAUGGCUAUUUUUCCUGAGCCAUCUAAAAAAUUGCGUAUGGACGAGAAAGAAGAUGAGUUAUUAUGGGUCCCUGUUGUCGUCGUCAAUGACAAUAUACACGUUUUACCAGGCAUACCUAAAUUAUUUGAAAGUUUACUGGAAAGAGUCGUAAGGCCACAUUUGGAAUCGAUUGUUUUCAAAACGCAUCCUCAGUCCUAUCACCGUAUUCAAAUUGCUACUAAGCUGCCAGAAGGAGAGAUUGCACCUUUCUUAACAGAACUUCAAAAGUCUUGUCAAGAGAAACAGAUCAAAAUUGGAAGUUACCCGAAUUGGGGAAAAGGCAAAGAUGGUGCUAGAGUAGUUGUGAGUGUGGUGGGUAAAGACUUGGCCCACGUUGAUAGUGUGAGUGAUGAGGUCUUGAAGGGCGUAGGUGGCUGGAUUUUGGAAGAAGGCAAACUCUGAUCUGCUGUAAAGAAAAACGUGUUGAUAAGAGGUAUGAAAAAAUACACCCCUACUUUUUUGAUGUUAUUGGUCCGAUAAUUGUACACAAACCUUAGCAGCUUCUAUUAUACCUACUGCAAAAAUUAAUUGAUUUUACCAUCACUUCUUUAAACUCGAGCUUGGGCCUUUGAAGGACGCGAAUAAAAGUACAAAAAGAUAACCUUUUGUGUCGUAUCAAUGAUGAGGCUUAUUCUAAUGCAAACGCGAGCUGUAGUCGUUGUUUGGUGGAGACAAACGUGCAACAUAUCUCUUACAAUCCUUUCAAAUAUUACAGGUGGAAGCAAUACCAGAUCCUUAAAUCUCUUGAGCCAGUAAAAAUUCAGUAUUUUUAUUUCUUUUUUGUUUUCAUCUGAUCAACAACAGCCCGAUCAACAUCAAUAGAAGAUUUUUUUUUUUGAUGCCUUUAUUUU